CUUGAAGUUGAAGUACAGGAAGUAGGAAAGGGAUACGGCCCCAGGCAGCGCUCAUGAGGGAGGAUGGUGACGGCAGCAGCUUCUUGCUGUAAGCUUUGGCCUGGCUUUCACGCCCACAACUUUGUCUUGAGCGACGAACCGGCAUAUCCUCGAAUGUUGUAUAAGAGCAGCCUGUGCAAGUUGCAGCAUUUGCUGAUUGUUGGGAGCGGGCACGCGGGUGGGACCAAGAAGAGCUCCUCACGAGUGGGCAGAGUGGACGACAGCGAAGUCCUUCCUGGAAGGACGUCGGGCAAAGCUGCGAGGGCGUUCAGUGAGAGGGGGGAUGUCGGGGUUCAGGCACCGGACCAAGAGGGUUCCUUGCAAGAGUGGGAAGAGAUACGCCGGCGCGCAAGCAGCGGUGCGGACGCGUCCGUGUCCUUCUCUCCGCCCGUUCAGCCGGCCUGGGAGAGAGCGACGGGGGCCCAAGAAGCACGCGCACGCAGCCACCAGCAAAAGAAGAAGGCGGGCAAGGCGGCUGAGGUCAAUGGGCACCGCGUGCCAGCGGGAGAGACGCAGCGCCCGCGCACAGAGCAGGAGGGGGAGCAGCGGCCCCACAAACCUGCCAGGGCUUCGAUGGAUGCGCGCACUCGGGCCUCGCGGGGUCGCGUGCAAGUUGCAUUUGACACAAGGGACAGCAAGUUUUUUGCAAUGGCGGAAGACCCGGAAGAGCAGCGGGGCGCAGCGCACCCUCCGCAGAGGAGCACCAUUACCAGGAAUCGGUCAUCCCUGGGGAGUAACAGUGCGGGGCUUCCGGGAGACGCUGCAUCAGCAAAUGGUGCCAAAGGAGGAAGCAUGGAAGCUUGCGAGAUGGAGGAUGCUGCGAGUGCGGCCCUGGGGUUAGAGAUUGGAAGAGUGUACGAUAUGCGCCGAAGCACAAGCAGCAAGGCACGGAGGGAGCGACGGAGGGGCAGAGUACGGAAUGCUGCAGCGAGCCUGGAGACACUCGAACGAGGGGGUCACGCACGGGAUGCCAAAAUCGUUUCAGACGCAGCCUUGGGGGCUGGCAUUGAACUGGAGGAUUCGGAAAGAGGUAGGUCGAGGACAGGUCCUGGGGAGCAGCCAGGACGCAACGGCAGCGCAGGCCAGGCUGUGCAUAGUCAACGGCGGGCGCCGCAUUUGCAGUCCCCUGAAGACGUUGUCCUCAGUAGGGGGACAGAUUAUGCCCUGAAGAAUGCCCCUGAGAAGGAGGCGCAACGCGUUGUUGGCCAGCGGGCCGUGAAGCAGGUGGUGGCGGCGCUGCAGGGGCUGUCACGCACGGAGGGCGCAGCGGAGGUGUUACAGCGAUGGCGCGGCCAGUUGCGCGUAAUUGACGCCAACCAGGUGGUCAAGGAACUGGGGCGAGAGGGGCGCUGGCGCAGGGGGCUGGAAGUGUUGGAGUGGAUGAAAGGGGUGGGCGGCGAAUGCGCUCCGAACCAGAUAACGUAUGUCAGCGUGCUGUCAGCGCUGGGGCGGGCGCAGCAGUUGGGGGAGGCGGAACGGCUGUUUGAAGAGAUGGCGGGGCGGGGCUUGAAGCGCAAUGUGGUGGUGUUCAACACCAUGAUGAGCGUCUACGUCAGGUGCGGUCGGCCCCGCGAGGCGCUGGCUCUGUUCCCCCUCAUGUCUGCCGCGAGCGUGCGCCCCGACUUCUAUUCGUAUGCAACCGCCAUCAACGCGUGUGCCGCCAGCCCUGGUUGGCUGCCGCGCGGCAUCUCCCUCUUCGAACAGAUGCGCCGAGAAGGCGUUGCCCCUGAUCCGGUAGUCUAUAACACGCUCCUUAAGGCGUGCACGCGGGGGGGGCAGCCUGGGGAGGCUGUCCGCAUCUUCCACCAGAUGCAGGCGGACGGACUUGAGCCAACGUUGGUGGGCUUUAACACCUUGCUGGAUGCUCAUGCGGAGACCGGCGGGUGGCAGGAAGCGUAUGGCGUUUUGGCAGAGAUGCGGGAAGCGGGGUUCCGGUUGGACGUGAUCAGCUUCAACACGCUGGUCAAGGCGUGCUGCCGCGCGGGGCAGCUGCGCGAGGGGCUCAAGGUGCUGCCGCAAAUGAGGGCAGCAGGGCUGCAGCCAAAUGUGGGGACCUUCACACUGCUCAUAAGCGCGUGUGCCUCCGCUGGGUUGUCGGAAGAAGCGGCUGCACUCUUUGCGCAGCUGAAGAAGGAGGGGGUUCGGCCAGACGCGCUCGUGUUUGCAGCGGUGAUCGAUGCGGCGGAUAGCCUAGCACGAGUUGAGGAUCACCUGAAAGCGCUCGUAGAAUCGGAAGUAACGCAGACGGGGCCGGUUUACACGGCCCUGAUACGGGCAUACAGCCGGCAUGGGGAGCUGGCUAGGGUAGAGUCCGCCCUGGUAGAAGCGAGGCGGCGCUUGUCACCGCUAGACGUAGGACUGUACAAUGCCGCGCUGGAGGCGUACAGCCGGGCCGGCAGGGUAGGGGACGUUGUGCGGGUGUUCGACCAAUUAGAGCGCGACAGCUGUACAGCGGACGAGGUUAGCUACACGAUGCUGAUGGAUGCGUUGGGCAAGUCGGGGCGCCUUUCUGCGCUCGUGGACACUUUACGGCAGAUGCAGGGCGUCGGGCUCGCGCCGGGGCUGGUGCAGCUGGCGGUGCUGGUCGACGCGUUUGCCAAGGCGGGGGACGUUGACCGCGCGGCGCAGGUGUUUGACGAGAUGUCCCUGUUGGGAGUCGAGCCGGGCGCGGCGGCGUUCAACAGCCUGCUGGCGGCGUAUGCACGGGCGGGCCAGGUUGCACGGUGCAUCAAAACGUUCCGACGGAUGCGCAAGGUCGGGGUGCGGCCGACGGUGGAGACGUUCUCGGUGCUGAUCGACGCGUUUGGCCGCGCGGAGCGGGUCGUGGAGGCGGAGGCCAUGUUCCAGUGGCUGCUCAACGAGGGCCUGCAGCCGGACGCGGCCGCGUGGACCACGCUCCUGACCGCGUACGGGCGGGCGGGCCUCCCCGACGAGGCCGUCGAGUGCUUCCGGCGGAUGCAGCGCGGGGGCGUGGCGGGGGACGUGGUGGCGUACACGGCGCUCAUGAGUGCCCUCCAGCAGGCGGGGCGCGACGCGGACGCGCUCACCGUGUUUGACGAGAUGGCCGCGGCGGGGGUGGCGCCCGACGCGCUGGCGCGAAACUUGCGCGUAGGUGCACUGUGCCGCCUAAAGCGGGUUGCCGAAGCGGAGCGUGGUGUGGAGGGGCUGCUGCAAUGCGGGGAGGCCGACGUGCGCACCGUGAACGCUCUGGUGGAGGCCUAUGCGGCGGAGGGGCAGGUCGAGGCGGCGCGGCGCCUCCUGGACCGGAUGCGCGCAGCAGGGCUGGCGCCGGACGUGGUGUCGUACUCGGCCGUCAUUACCGCCCUCGGGAGGCUCCGCCGUUUCGACGAGGCCGCCGUCGUAUUCGCGGCCAUGAAGCGUGACAGCGUCACCGCGCGGCUCACCCGCCCCGCCUACGAGGCGCUGCAGGCGAUCGUCAGCCGCGCCCCGCCGAACAGGGACAGCGUCAGCAACUGACGUACGCAGCAGCGGCGCCGGUUGUGCUAGAAAGUGGAGGUGCUUGCUGCUGUCAUGCGCCGCAGCUCGUUUUCGGUGGCUCUCUGGAAAUGCCUGGCGGCCUGGAAGAGCGGAGCCUGGGCAGUCAAGGCUUGCUGAAGCCGGAUCUGAUUGCGUCGUUAACCAGUCUACCAAAGUGAGGGGUUGAUUUGUUGAAGCGGUUUCCCCAUCUGCCACGAAACUUGAGCCAACCCUCGUGAUGCAGCGCAACGUCAUGCUCAGACGGCUGGCGGUUGUGUUGCCACUUCGCAACAUGCGUGUACUUCGCCCACACCUCAGAUAUGAGUCCUAAAGAUAUGGAUUCUAUCGCAACAAUCGAGUGAUGAAGUGUGAGAUGGUGAAGGAAAAGUUCAUCAAAAUCAUACCGGUUAAGGUGCAUGCUCAAACAGG